AUGGGUGCAGGAAGAUCUGUUGCUCCUAAAGGGGUGUUAACAUACUCUUCACUCAAUGCGGGCGUCUCGCUAAUUAUUUGGGCUGCUUGCGCCAUAGUGUCUAUGAUGGCUGCCCUUAAUCACGCAGAGCUGGGGACCACAUUCCCUAGAAGUGGAGCACAGUAUUAUUUCCUCAAGAGAUCUCUUGGACCCUUUAUUGCUUUCUUCUCUCUCUGGAUCAGUCUAUUUAGUACCCUAGCAGGAACCACUGCACGUGGCUUUUUACUAGCAGGGUAUAUAAUGCAGCCUUUCUAUCCUGGAUGUUUUGUUCCUGAGAUGCCAAAGAAAUGUUUAGCAUUGGCCAUUUUAUGGUGCUUGGGAAUUCUGAAUGAUCGAGGAGUGAAGGAGAUGACUUGGUUUCAGACUGUCAGUACGGUUGUGAAAAUGACAGUACUCUGCUUCAUAUCUCUAACUGGAAUCGUGUUAUUGGUGAGAGGAAGAAAAGAGAACCUAGCCAGGUUUGAGAAAGCUUUCGAUUCUGAAGUUUCAGAUGCCUCACAGAUUGCUGAAGCGUUCUUACAAGGAUUAUAUGCAUAUUAUGGCUGGGGAGUCCUUGUUCGAAUAGCAGGUAAAGUCAUUAUUUUUAAAUUAUAA